AAUGGAGUGCACUCUUCUUCAUCUCUCUCCUCCUCGAGAAAAACCCUAGAGAGAGAAAAAAAUGGCGGAGACAGAGAACGAGAACGGAAGCUCCGCCGCGGCGGCGGAGGAGGAAGAGGUGGCUAUUGGACCAGGUCCGGCCCCUCGCUCUCGGCCGAAGCGCCCUCUCCAAUUCGAGCAGGCAUACCUCGACUCCCUUCCCUCUGCCAACAUGUAUGAGAAAAGUUAUAUGCAUCGUGAUGUGGUAACACAUGUUGCUGUUUCAGUAGCAGAAUUUUUCAUAACUGGAAGUGCUGAUGGGCACUUGAAGUUUUGGAAGAAAAAGGCUCUUGGCAUUGAGUUUGCCAAGCAUUUCAGGUCCCAUCUUGGACCUAUUGAAGGGCUUGCUGUUAGUGUUGAUGGUUUGCUAUGCUGCACAAUAUCAAGUGAUCGUUCUGUGAAAAUAUAUGAUGUGGUCAACUAUGACAUGAUGGUCAUGAUACGUCUUCCAUAUGUAGCUGGGUCUGUUGAAUGGGUUUACAAACAAGGGGAUGUCAAAGCCAAGCUUGCUAUUAGUGAUCGUAGCUCCUCAUUUGUGCACAUAUAUGAUGCACGAAGUGGUUCAAAUGAAUCCAUCAUCUCUAGAGAGAUACAAUUGGGUCCCAUAAAAGUUAUGAAGUACAACCUUAUUUUUGAUACAGUGGUAUCUGCAGAUGCCAAGGGAAUCAUUGAGUACUGGAACCCUUCUACACUUCAGUUCCCAGAGGACGGGGUGAAUUUCAGAUUGAAAAGCGAUACCGAUCUCUUUGAAAUUGUAAAAUGCAAAACAACUGUCUCUACUAUUGAGGUGAGCCCAGAUGGUAAGCAAUUUUCAAUCACUUCACCUGAUCGUAGGAUACGUAUUUUUUGGUUUAGAACAGGUAAAUUAAGACGAGUUUAUGAUGAAUCUCUUGAGGUGGCACAAGAUCUCCAGAGAAGUGAUGUCCCCCUGUACCGGCUGGAAGCUAUUGAUUUUGGGCGAAGAAUGGCUGUAGAGAAGGAAAUUGAAAAAACAGAAACUGCACCUCAACCAAAUGCAGUUUUUGAUGAAAGCUCUAACUUUCUCAUAUAUGCAACCCUCCUUGGGAUUAAAAUUGUAAAUUUGCACACCAAUAAAGUGGCCCGAAUUCUUGGAAAGGUGGAGAACAAUGAUAGAUUCUUAAGUAUUGCCUUGUAUCAAGGUGACCGAAGCAGUAAAAAAGUACGAAAAAUCCCUGCUGCUGCAGCAAAUGUCAAUGAGAGCAAAGAGCCUUUGACAGAUCCCACUCUUUUAUGCUGUGCUUUCAAAAAGCACAGGAUCUAUUUGUUCAGUCGGAGAGAACCAGAGGAACCUGAAGAUCCAACUAAGGGAAGGGAUGUGUUUAAUGAGAAGCCUCCUCCUGAUGAACUUUUGGCUGUAUCAGAAAUAGGAAAAUCUACUACGACAUCUCUUCCAGAUAAUGUGCUCAUGCACACUACACUGGGUGACAUUCACAUGAAGCUCUACCCUGAAGAAUGUCCAAAAACAGUGGAGAACUUUACUACUCACUGCAGAAAUGGCUACUAUGAUAAUCUGAUUUUCCACCGGGUCAUCAAAGGCUUUAUGAUACAGACGGGAGAUCCUUUGGGGGAUGGCACUGGUGGGCAGUCUAUUUGGGGAAGGGAAUUUGAGGACGAAUUUCACAAAAGUUUACGACAUGACCGGCCUUUCACUGUUUCAAUGGCAAACGCUGGGCCCAACACCAAUGGCUCUCAGUUUUUUAUCACUACAGUGGCAACUCCAUGGCUGGACAAUAAGCACACUGUUUUUGGUAGAGUUAUAAAGGGGAUGGACGUUGUACAGGCUAUAGAGAAAGUGAAGACAGACAGGUCCGACAAGCCAUACCAAGAUGUGAAAAUCCUAAAUGUGACUGUUCCGAAGUCAUAAAGGCUAUUUAUGUAAUUGUGGUUCUGUACACAUUAUAUUGCUGAUCCUUAUGGGCAGUCAUGGGUGACAAAGUUCUACGUUAGGUAAAUACACGAAUCAUUGAAGAUUUGGUUACUUUGCCGCAGCUAUGUUCUCCCAACUGCCAGUGGAGAGCCUGCCAAUCAAUCCAGAGAACGAUAACUUGUCUCAAACUGUAUUUCUAUCACCGUAAUGGAAUUUUGAUCUUGUCUUCUUAGUAGGACUGCUGACAAAAUGUUGUAUCAUAUAUUUUAUUUGUGUUGGAUAGUGAAAAUAUAAAAUAGGUAGGAUGUUACAUGCCCA